AUGCCUUUUGACGUUGUCCUUUUUGAACCCGAAAUCCCGCCCAAUACCGGCAAUAUCAUCCGGCUUUGUGCAAAUACAGGCGCACGGCUGCAUCUGAUAGAACCAUUGGGCUUUGAGUGGGACGAUCGGCGUCUACGCCGCGCAGGUCUCGAUUACCACGAACUGACCAACGUAUCGCUCCAUAAAGACUACCCGGCAUUUCUUGCAACGGUGAAUCCCAAGCGCCUGUUCGGUUGCACAACCAAAGGUCAGACCCUGCAUACCCAGCCGCAUUAUCAAACUGGCGAUGCCUUGAUGUUCGGCCCAGAAACCCGGGGGCUCCCGGACAGUGUGCUCAACACCCUGGCUGUAGAGCAGACAGUCCGCAUUCCCAUGCAGGCCCGAUCACGUUCAUUGAACCUUGCCAAUGCGGUGUCGAUUAUUCUGUACGAAGCCUGGCGGCAGGUAGAUUUCAGCGGCGGCGUCUGA